AUGUUUGAAGCUACCGCAGAUGGUACUCUCCAGACAUCCAGCGAAACACCCACCUUCGUAAGUAGAAAAUUCAUUACUCAUCCCCCCCAUCUCGACUACGAGGCAAGUCACCUAAGGGGUGACAUGGCUGGGUCUCGCACCGAAGCGAAGGACUCCCACAUCAUGACAGACCGUGGCAAUCGCAGUCAACGCAAACGCAGAUCCACACCUCCAAACAACACCGUAAAGAAAGGACACAACCAAACAUUCUCACCACCUUCCAUAUCGCAAACUAUCCCAGGCAUCGCACCAAUAAGCCAACGCUAUUCUCCAACUUCGCCUUCUGUUGCCGAAGAAACUUUAUCAGAAGACUCAUUUCGGUCGACAACCACAGAAGACGAUGAAAGCAGUCAUCAGUCCUCUACAAACGACCAUCAGCCCAUACCAAAAAGACUCCUGACGACAAAACCUGAGUACUCAUGGCACACAAUAGCCAAAAGUAUUUAUGAACUACCCGGACACGAAUAUGUAGAAGCAAGUACCGCCUCUAAACUCAACGAAAUCAAUCUGAACUGCCCCGACGAAGCCGAUUUUCGCUCAGUAUAA